AUGAACGGCCUUCAAAUCAUCACUGUUGUGAAUGUAAUUAUACUUCUAAUCGGUAUUCUAUUAACAUUAGUGUAUGUUCUAUCAAUUAUUUUACUUCGACGUUUUCAUACCGCCAUCAACAUUCUGACAGGUAAUUUUGGUUUGAGUAGUAUUAUUUGUGGUAGUUAUUGGAUGAUAUAUAAUCCGCUAACGACUUUCCACGGUAAUAUUCUCCAAGGAUCAACUGUUUCAUACGUUGUCAUCUCAUAUUUGACACUCAUGGUGAAUUGUUUGCCAGUAUAUGCGUUAGUUAACAUCGCUGUCAAUCGAUAUUUUACAGUGAUAUAUCCGAACCGAGCAUUUUUCAAGAAACAAAUGUGGAUUUUGACUUCAAUCCUUACACAGUGGAUAGUGGCCAUCAUUUUACCUAUGCCUCACUUGAUUCUUUCUUAUCAGGUAACUAUUGAUAUAAAUCAAGAUGAUAAUCAUCAGUUAAUGUUUCGUUCAUAUCUUUCUGUUUUGUUCCAGACAUUUGUCAAUGGCCUUCGACUACCUUCUUGGAUUCUUUUCUAUAAUCUAUCCGUAGUUCUCAUAUUUCCAUCGAUUAUCAUAGUCUUUUUCGAUUCUCUGAUCUUUUACUCAGUACGUUCUUCAACUCUCCGUGUCCACGCCUUACCAUCUAGUGCAGCCACUGUCGCAAAUGUAAAUCAUGGGCGCAACCGAGAUGUUAAUCUAGUUAAACAUAUGCUCUUCAUAUUUGUGAUGUUCAUUAUUGGAUGGGGACCUAUUUAUAUUUAUUCAGCAGUCGUUAAUAUGGAAGGAAUUGAUGCGCGGGUCAUCAUUCUCUUGCAAAUUUUGCCCGUCUUAGAUUUAAGUAUUAAUAUUAUUGAUUUAUUCAUCUACAAUCGCGAUCUUCGCCGAUAUCUAAUAGAAAGAUGCUUGAACUUUUUACGUGUAAACCGAAAUUGA